CCGGGAGAGGGAGUCACCUGCGCCCGACGGCGUGUGGACUCGGGGGCGCCGCCUCCCGGAGCCUGGCCGAGACCCGGGCGGACGUCGCUCACCUGCUGGCAGGCGCGCCCGGAGCCCCGAGCCCGAGCCCCGCGGACCGCUGCCCGGCCCCCCGAGCACCAUGAGCAAGUUGGGCAAGUUCUUCAAAGGCGGAGGCUCUUCCAAGAGCCGCGCGGCCCCCAGCGCCCAGGAAGCUCUGGCCCGACUUCGGGAGACGGAGGAGAUGCUGGGCAAGCAGCAGGAGUGCCUGGAAGGCCGCAUCCAGAGAGAGCUCAGCCUGGCCAGGAAGCACGGCACGCAGAACAAACGAGCUGCAUUACAGGCUCUGAAGAGGAAGAAGAGGCUUGAGAAGCAGCUCACUCAGAUUGAUGGCACACUUUCCACCAUUGAGUUCCAGAGAGAAGCCUUGGAAAACUCAUAUACCAACACGGAGGUGUUAAGGAACAUGGGCCUUGCAGCAAAAGCUAUGAAAGCCGUUCACGAGAACAUGGAUCUGAACAAAAUAGACGAUUUGAUGCAAGAGAUCACAGAGCAACAGGAUAUUGCCCAAGAAAUCUCUGAAGCAUUUUCUCAACGGGUUGGAUUUGGCGAUGACUUUGAUGAGGAUGAGCUGAUGGCAGAACUUGAAGAACUGGAGCAGGAAGAAUUAAAUAAGAAGAUGACAAAUAUCCGACUCCCGAAUGCACCUUCUUCCUCGCUCCCAGCUCAGCCGGACAGAGGGUCGGGCAGGAUGCCCGGCGCGUCCUCGGCACACCGCUCUCGAGCAGCAUCUUCUAGGAGGACAGGCAGAGAGGAUGAUGACAUCCAACAUUUGGCAGCUUGGGCUACUUAGAACGGAAGUUUUGGAUGCAGCUGUAUAUAAGACAUGAAGAUGUUUUUGCCAAAUACAGAAGCUAACACAGAUUGUUUUAUAUUUAUACUGGAUGAAUGAUUGUCUUUUAAGCCUCAUAGGUAAAAGUUAAAGGAGUCAUGUGUAGCUUUAGGAUCCCUUUAAGAUGAAAAGGGACUUCCCGGUAGCGCUUUGGAGGAUCUCUUCCUCCCGAUAGGAGGGACCAUUCUACCUUCUUCCCUGCUGUAUUUCCAGUCCUGGCAUGUCGUUGGUACUCUCUAUGUAUUUGUUGAAAAGAAACUGAAUCCUAUUAACAUGUAAAACAUAUAAUCAACUAUCAGCCACUUCAGAGUGACAUGUUCUGAACUUUCCUCCCUGUGCGAAGGCAGGUUUGCAGUGAGUGUCCAUGUUAGGAGAGUUGUAGCCCACGGUAAAUGUACAAGAAAUACAACUUUUCAUAGGAGAGGCUUCUUGUAAAGAAGUCUUGUGUGAGUUUACACAUAAAUAGUUUCACUGAGUUUUGCAAUUUAAAAUCUUAAAGGCGUUUUAAUUGACAUUUAUUAUGCCAGUUACGCUUGGAAUGGGGCAAUGGCUACAUUUCCCAACAUGUCUGAAAGCGCUAACAGCUUCCACUGCUGAGCGGGCCUCUCCUGGGUGUUGUUUAGCCACUUAGGGAGCUGCAUUACCGUUCCCAGGCCAUUAUGAUGUUAUUAUGGCUUCAAUGUGCUAAAUGUGUGUGUUCGUUCUUUUCUGUUUUGGGCUCUCUUGUACAUUUAUUUACAAUUUGUGUCAUAUUCUUUGCAAAUACAUAAAAAUAUAGGCAAUUAAAAAUAUAUCUUAGAUACAAUUUGGCCAUAAUGAUUUUUAAAUGGGAAGUAAAAUUCAGAAUUAUGUGUUGCCCAUAACGUGUCAUGGGCCAUAAAAUGAGAAAUGUCAUUAUAGAGAAUGGUCUAGCAAUUCCCAGCAUUAGCUCAGGGAAUACAAGCGCCAGUGGGAUGGAGACAACACUAGACUUGGAGGGAGGAGUUCUGGACCCUGCUUCCCGCUCCGCCACGGACACGGUACAGCUAGGCAGGCCGUAAGCUCAGUCUGUGUUUUCCCACUGAGAAAUCUAAGGGCUGACGCUUCUGUGCUGCCACAGGCCUUUUGCGUGUGAAGUCCUCAGCAGUCUUUCUACCCCCGCAGCACAGACACCACACCUUACUUAGCUCUUCAGUCCCAGUUAAACCGUCCUUUGUUUCGGGCAAUAUUUCCCUCAUUGCAGACUAACUCAGGUCUUCCUUCUAAAUGCUUCCGUAGCCGUCUGCUUUCUGCCCUGCCGCCCAUCACGGUGUAUGUUGCGCGUUUCCUUCCAUGAGCGCUCUUACUGCUUUUCCUCUCCUUUGCUGCUGUGCGUCAGUCCCUCAGUCGUGCCAACUCUCUGCAAUCCCACGGUCCGUCUCGUGGGGUCCUCGUGGCAGGAACACCAGCGUGGCCCCCGUUCCCUCCUCCGAUGGGCCGCGUUUCGGCAGAACUCGAGUGCCACCCGUCCGACUCGGGUGGCGUGACCCGCACGGCUCUCAGCAUCACUGAGUUCCUCAAGGCCCUCUGCCACGAGGAGGCGGUGAUCCUCAAAGGGGCUCCUCCCUGCUGCGCGUGCUGCCUGGAGGGCAGGCACUGUGUCUCCGCCCAUUCAGUCCAUCCGUGCAUCUCUGCACAGCCUCUCUCGUGCAGCUGUCACUUAAUAAAGGUUUGUCACUAUUA